UAUACACAUGACUGAGCCGCACCCCAGCUAGCACUCUCUACACCGGACACGUAUAUAGUGCGUCCCUGCUGCACAUAUAACCUCAUUCAUAUAAAUUCACCUGCUACGUCAUUCACGGGGAGGGGCCACUGGCUGCCGAUGGCCUCGCCCACCGCGUGAUGUUUCCGACGUCACAUGACCAAGCCCAAUGAACGGAGGCGUAAGGGGGGCGGAGCGGAAAAUUCUAAUUAUUGACGUCUCACCCUGGCCUUUCGACGCAGGCGCAGUACUGAGGUGUAGGAGGCUGGUGAAGCAGGGCAACGGAGCCCGGCGGGGCGGAAGUCUCAAGCCCGGGCAUAGGGAUACAGCUAUAGUGUGUCAGCGCCGGUGGCCGCAACAAACAGGUGGACGAGGAGAGCACCACUUUCGGGUGAGAUGUGUUACAUGAACCCUGCACCUUCAAGAGCGAUGUGCGAAGCCUCCAUAUAGUCCUGGACUCUGCAUUCCUCUUUAUCUUUAUUUUAGGUUCCUGACGUUCCACAAGACCCAGUCACCAUGGUGCAGAAAUACCAGUCGCCCGUCCGGGUGUAUAAAUACAGCUUUGAGUUAAUUAUGGCUGCCUACCAGCGUCGAUUCCCCACUUGUCAUCUCAUUCCUAUGUUUGUUGGUAGUGAUAUAAUGAGUGAGUUCCUUAGUGAGGAUGGCGCAGUACAUGUGGUAGAGAGACGUUGCAAACUGGAUGUGGAUGCUCCACGACUCCUCAAAAAGAUUGCUGGUGUAGACUAUGUAUACUUUAUCCAGAAAAAUUCCUUAAACAGACGAGACCGCACUCUGCACAUUGAAGCUUACAACGAGACCUUUGCUAGCCGUAUUGUAAUUCAUGAGUAUUGCUGUUACACUGUACAUCCUGAGAAUGAUGACUGGACCUGCUUUGAACAGUCUGCUAGCCUGGACAUCAAAUCAUUCUUUGGUUUUGAGAGCACAGUAGAGAAGAUUGCAAUGAAACAGUACACCAGCAAUAUCAAAAAGGGUAAAGAAAUCAUAGAGUAUUACUUGAAGCAAAUGGAGGAUGAGGGCAUUACACAGCUGCCUCGCUGGACCCCUGCCCCCAAGCAGCUGCAAGAGAGUCCGACAUCUACCUCAACUCAUGCGGUGUCCCCUGCACAAAACAUACCUACCAUGACUUCUGCUGAUGGGCACAGUAGCAGAGAUGGUCCUCCCACAUCAUCCAGCCCUACAGAGGCACUCAGCAGUACUCCAGAUGAUAAGUUGGAUGCAGAUUACAUUAAGCGUUAUUUGGGAGAUCUGACACCGUUGCAGGAGAGCUGCCUCAUACGUCUGCGACAGUGGCUGCAAGAAACUCAUAAGGGCAAAAUUCCCAAAGAUGAGCACAUUCUGAGAUUCCUUCGUGCCCGCGACUUUAAUAUUGAUAAAUCUAGAGAAAUCUUGUGCCAAUCACUCACCUGGCGAAAACAGCAUCAAGUAGACUACCUACUGAGCACAUGGAACCCUCCACAGGUUCUGCAUGAUUAUUAUGCUGGAGGCUGGCACCAUCACGACAAGGAUGGUCGUCCAUUAUACGUUCUAAGGCUGGGACAGAUGGACACAAAAGGUUUGGUCAGAGCCCUUGGUGAAGAGUCCUUACUCAGACAUGUGCUAUCCAUUAAUGAGGAAGGACUGAGGCGAUGUGAAGAAAACACCAAUAUAUUUGGGAGACCCAUCAGCUCCUGGACAUGUUUGGUGGAUUUAGAGGGGCUGAAUAUGAGGCAUUUAUGGCGGCCAGGAGUCAAAGCCUUACUCCGGAUCAUUGAAGUGGUGGAGGCCAACUAUCCAGAGACGCUGGGACGACUCUUGAUAUUGAGGGCUCCUAGAGUAUUUCCAGUCUUGUGGACACUGGUUAGUCCCUUUAUAGAUGAGAAUACUAGAAAGAAAUUCCUUAUUUAUGCUGGCAAUGACUAUCAAGGGCCUGGAGGGUUAAUCGAUUAUAUUGACAAGGAAAUAAUUCCUGAUUUCCUUGGUGGAGAGUGCUUGUGUGAAGUUUCCGAAGGUGGGCUGGUUCCCAAAGCCCUAUACAGGACUCCAGAAGAACUUGAAAGUGAGGACCUUAAAUUGUGGACAGAGACCAUUUACCAGUCAGCCAGUGUCUUUAAGGGGGCACCACACGAGAUAAUGAUUCAGAUAGUAGAUGCCUCUUCUGUAAUCACCUGGGACUUUGAUGUGUGUAAAGGAGACAUUAUUUUUAAUAUCUAUCACUCUAAGAGGGCACCACAGGUUCCCAAAAAAGAUACACUCGGAGCUCAUGGUAUUUCAUCUCCUGUAUGCAACAAUGUGCAAUUGAUUGAUAAGGCCUGGCAACUGGGACGAGAUUACAGCAUGGUAGAGUCUCCACUGACUUGCAAGGAGGGAGAGAGCGUGCAGGGUUCUCAUGUGACCCGCUGGCCGGGUUUCUACAUCCUGCAAUGGAAAUUUCAUGGCAUGCCAGCCUGUGCCACCAGCAGCCUCCCACGUGUGGAUGAUGUACUCGCCUCCUUACAAGUGUCCUCACACAAGUGCAAAGUCAUGUACUACACAGAGAUCAUUGGCUCUGAUGAUUUCAGGGGUUCAAUGACCAGCCUAGAAUCGAGCCAUAGUGGUUUCUCACAACUCAGUGCUGCCACCACCACCUCUAGCCAGUCUCACUCAAGUUCCAUGGUGUCCAGAGAGCCCCUCCCUCUGUCUGACUCCGUGCUCCCCUCUCUCACUCAUCCCCAAGACCUGAAGUCCAGUCCGGAUGGGCUCCUGCGCCUCGCCCCUUCAUUCUGGGGGCAGCACUUUUCCACUCUCUACACCCUCAGACCCCCAGUCUUCCUGCGUUGGCCCCCCUCUUGGCGCCUCCCUUUCAUCCGGGAGGCCGUGGGAACUGCUGCCAUCGAAACAGAGGGCUCGGACUCUACCUGAGGGCACGAAUGACAUUUAAGGGAAUUGCGGGAAGUUAUCGUUCUGGCUUUCAACUCCAUACACUAUUAAUGCAAGGCAAAAACAGUCUUAGAAAUAUUUGAUAUUGCACUGUUGUUGAGGAGUUGGCAUGUACUGCUCACACAACUACUUCACCAUAUCCUCUGAAGUUUAAUGCAGAGCUGUGAUAUUCUUACGCAAUAGGUACACAAUAUCAUUUCCACUGGAGUUUGGAGCAGCAAAUGAAAUUUCAACUUCACUGACCUAUCUGACUGGCAAUUGAGGUGGCUGCUGCAAAGGACCUGAUGUAUACUAUUUUGAGGUUUAUAGAAUGACUUUAUAACUUGCCUUUAUUGGUUCUUAAACAGCCGUUUCUUAGGGUCACUUAGUUCACUUGCAAUGAGAUGUUCAUGUUUUAUUUUUUUUUAAUCAGUGUUUCCAGCUAGACAAGACAAUGAACAUUUUCAUUCACUUGAACAAUAAAAUGUCCUUUGAUAGAUCAUUUACUCCAUGUAGGAAGCUAUUUUUAGGCCUUUCAUAAACUCACUACAUAUGAACUGAGCACCUGCCAUUGGCUGACUGCAUGUGUCGAUAUAAUGUCCUGGGAUAUUACAAUCUGGUUUUUACAGAUCACCAGCUAGGGUGAAACCAUAGGCUUACCAAGCAAGAUUUUAAUAGAUAAGACAUUAUUUACCUUGCACUCCCACAAUGCCCUACAAUGGGGAUGACUGUUUUGGCUGUAUAGUUGGUAGUCAGGUCAUAGUCUUGUUUAGAGGCUUAGAUUGGAUAACAUGUUAAAUUGAUAUGAUAACAUGACAAAUUGACAAGUUUCCUCUCAGUAUUCUGCAGUUUUGAUGGAGCUAAAAGAUUGCCACCACCACUUGAAAACAAAGCUGGUUAGCUACCAAGCAAGUUUAAUCUGGAGACUCUUAACAGCCGGUCAGGUGCAGGAAUAAGAGAUCCCCCUUACCUAUGUGACAAAGCUUUUGCAUCUGUCAUGAUCCUUCUGGUCAUUUUUGUAAGCUUUUUGACAAUUUGCAUUAGUUCAGGUAAAUUUCUGGAGGUCUGGGUCUCUUUUUCUGUGUUGAAAUUUUCUUUCAAACCCAAGUGCCUGCUUUAGUAAUUUGUUUUUCCUAUAAAAUAACAAUUGUGGGGCAUCUUAGUACUUUGUGUUACUACUUCUGGAAAUGAUUUGAGAACUGAGUCGUUACCUGAUUUUGACAGUGUUAGACUAUGUUGUUCCAUGCCCUACUGACAAAUGGCUUGGUAACCCCCAGUGGGGAAUUUACUUGUACAUUUCCUGGAGGAAUAACACAGGACUAGAACAGUACAGAGUUCGAAAAAAAAAAAAAAUGUCUCUGCAUUGUUUUAUAGGAAGUGCUGUAUUUACUAAAGCAGUUGUCAGGAGAGCUGACAGGUCAUCUUUAAAACUGUAUUCUUACUCCCAAAAUCAUGAAUGGCCCUGAUUUACUAACGUCAACCCGACUCUCUCUCGCUCAGGUUGUGCGCUGAAAUUUGUGUCUCAUAGCCCAUGCAACACUUUGUGCGACACAAUUUCCCGACACAAAAUACCCUCAUUCCUUGUUUUUUUUAACCUGUCAAAAUGGGCGGGGUUAGCCAAAAAAGGGGCGUGUUUUUGUUGGAGGAAAACCCCAAUCAGAGUAUGAUGAAAAACUCACAGGAAAACAUGUCAAUUUUGCUUCACCAAAAACAGACCGCUCUGAGCUGUCGGGAAAUUACUCAAAACCGAGUGAAUCCUACCCCCAUCAUGGAACAGGGCCUGAGGGAUUGAUCGCAGUGGGUCUCACUUUUGAGAUCCGAUCAGAAUUUAUUAAGCAGGGGGAGCGGACUGCAUACUCCGCUUCCCAGCCAUGUACAGUGUACUGUUUACUUUCAUUUUUUUAUUCCCCACCGGGAGCCCUGAAUGGCCGGUACUGAGGAGCCAUUCAGGGCUCCCAGUGGGGUUUUCAAAUAGUGGAGAAAGAUAUAAAGAUUCCCUCCCAGCGAUUCUAUAGAUCUUUCCCCACCGCAGCGCUUCUAUUUGAAAACCCCGCUGGGAGCCCUGAUUGGCUCCUCAGUAGCGGCCAUUCAGGGCUCGCGAUGGGAAAUAAGUAAAAGUACACUGUACGUCGCUGGGGAGGAGCAUGCGGCCCACUCCCCUGCUUAAUAACUUCUGAUCGGGUCUCAGAAGUGAGACCCAGUGUGAUCAAUCCCUCAGCCCCUCUACUAUUGCCCCCAACAUGGAACAUACCCUAAUGUAGCGCUAAUGUAGUCUGAAUUUACAGAGACAGAUGGCUGAGUUACUGCAGCCUUUCAACAUGUUACAUUGUGUGCAACUUUUUAAAAUUCUUUUUGACCCAUAAAUCUUAAUAUGUUCUGUGUGUUUGAUUCUCACUUUCCUAUCUUUAAUUGAAUGUUUCUGUAAUCAUCUUUGCAAUACUGCCUGUCAGGACAGAAUACAUUUUGUGCAACAGAUUAGUAAAUCGGGGGAAAAAGAGUAAAAAGAGAGACUCCACAUUAAACACUCGGGUUUUAGUAAAUCAGGGCCAAUGUCUUUAAAUGGCAAUCUAGGGUCAGAAUUAGUCAUGAAGUGUUGACCAAAGGGAAAAUGAAGAUUAAAUAUGUAUGAUUUAUACCCCCAUUUACUAAAGAAACAUAAUCCUAUUAUCCAUCACAUAAUCUAUAUAUCCAUUACUACAUUGUACUGAAAUAAGGCUGAUGGUAAUCAACACUCCAGCCUUGAGAAACAAUGGUGCCAGUUUGCACAGUAGAAAGUCUUAAUGCCAGUUGGGCAUUGGUCUUGAAAGGAUCAAUGCUAUAGGGGUUUUCUAGAGACUGGGUUUGUCUUGCAGUUGUUAGUGUGUGGUUUGUGGGGUGGUUUAAGAUAAUGCACAAAAACAUCAAAUUUUUUUACCAUUGAUGGUCAUAGAACACAAAGUUCCACAUAGCCCUAGGUAUGAAUGUGUUUCUGAAUGACAACUCUUCACCCGCUUUUCUUUCGCCAUUUAUAUUGUGAGGCUGUCCCGAAUAUCCUGGAAAUAAGGGCUUAUUUCUCAGAGGACAGGGCUGUGCCUUGUUCGCUGGAUACUGUGUAGUCCCCUCUACCCCUUUGCACCUUUUAUUCAUUCCACCAGUCAUUAAGUAUUUUACACAAGCUAGGAAUUAAGACUAACAUUUUUAGGGCAUGUUUGGCCUUGGAAAGCUAAGGGUUGCCGACCAUUUCCUGUCAGACAAGCCAUACUAUAAAAUGUGCUUUUAAGAAUUUUAUUCCAUCUUGGCAAUGGUUUUCUUUCUUGUAUUAUACAUAUCACUUGUUUGAAUUCUUCACUCGGAAGGGUGUGAAUGUGCGUGUGUGAUCAUAGUUCAUUGUAAAGACACAACAUGACCUCAGACUCUAUUUUAACAAUUAAUUUAACAUACAGGUAGCUUUUCAAAGCAUUUUUUAAUUGUUAACUGUAUUAAACAUUGAAACUGUAUAA